UCUUGAAUUGACUGUUCAGCCCUGAAAUUUGAGAUGUACUUGUUGCAUUCUUAAGCCUUACUGCCUUAGCAUUGCCUUUCUUCUUAGUUAAUAAAAUACAGUUAUGUGCAAAAUGGGUUUUUAUAGAAACAACACAAAUGGCGGCUAUUCCUGGUUCUUGGAGCAUGUGACCACAAGACACAGAGUGCUGUUGUCAUUUGGAGACAACAUAAUUGGUCGUCAUUCCCGCUGCAAUAUAUGUCUCUGUACGUCUUACGAUUAUCUCUCCCGACAACACUUAAACAUAAUAGUUGAUACGACAGGAGUGAAGCUAAGAUCUAUGAAUGCCAUGAAUGGAGCUUUUCAUAAUGGUGUGCGCCUCGAAGCCGAAGAGAAGUCUGCCGUCGAAGGAGAUGUGAUUAGCCUAAGUAUACAAGAUCCCGAAUAUCCUGUGCCAUCUCGGCAUGGGGUAUUCAAGUUAAAGAAAACAGUGAUUCUUGGUGAAGAGAUCGUCAUAACAUCCGACGAAGAUGAUGAUACCGAGCCAUUGCCACCGGAAGGACCUGAAGUAAGGGGUAACAGGGAUAUUGAAUUUAAUUUGGCCAAGCAAUUGCCAUAUUAUAUAAAACAGGAGACACAAGAGGAAGUCGAAGAAAAUGUACCCACGUCAAGCAGAUUACACUUACCCAAGUUAUCUGACGUUAAAGAGGAGGGCGUAAGCCAUGUGAGCAAUAAUAUUGAAGACAUAUUCGGGAAACCGGAUGAGCAAAUUUUAGACACUCUACUCCAAUUAAAUCCAUAUGUCUAUAACAAAUUGUCUACAACAAGCAGCUCAGCAGUUACUAAUAACAAACUGAUGCACGAUGGUGAUCGUAUUGAGUUAAGAGAAGAAAUGCCUCCACCGGCAAUUCCGCCACCUCCCGCACUUUCAAAUCCACCACCUACUUUUCCACCAUCUCCUCCAGAGGACGACUAUGAUGAGAAUAUGGCUAUGUCUCAAGUCGUCUUACAGGGAAUGAAAGAAGAAAUGGCUUUGGACGACGAUUUUGAGCUUGAUUUUGAUUUUGAUGACGAUGAUGAUUUUCGUGUUGAAAAAAAAGUGAAACACGAGGAACCUUUGCCAGCAUCAAAUGUUUUUCCCGAAUGGGAUGAUGAUGAGAUCAUUGUCAUAGAAGAUGAUGAUAUAGAGUCUUAUAAUAAAGUUGCCGAUUGGUCAUCCAAAUUGUUGACACAAAACAAUGCCGAUAUAGAUGCCGAAAUGGAAUUAUCACAAGUCUAUCCCUUGGACAACGAAGAUGAGGCGGACGAUACAGAUGACAAUGAUAAUAUUGAGUUCUUUCGCCCUAAUCAUCGAAUGCGCAUUGAUAGCAGUAGCAGCGAUGAUGCUGAGUCUGUGGAUCACAGAGUGGAUAAGGAAGAUGACACUACAAAAAAGUAUACUGUACCCAAAACGCGGCGUUGCGCAGUUCGGUUGAAAUCCAUUGAUCACCAUUGUUCGUUUAGUAAUGAGCAGGAUGCUAUCCUAUUUACUCGUCGUCAAAAGAAACUUUCGAUGGAGGAAGAGAUUACUGCCUGUUUAAAUCGAGAAAUUGCCCUGACAGAGGAACAACUUUUAUUCCGACGACGUCAAAAGACAACUGAAGAUAGCAAUGACAAGCUAGAAACAGAAGACGAAAUCGAAGACAUGAUAGCGGAUAUCUGUGCUGAAGCCGCCGCGGUCAAGAAAUUGAAGCCCAUUAUUAAGUCCGAUAAGUCACCACCGAGUUCUGGUAAAGAUUCAGUUGGAUUAAAACAUAAACUGGCCAAGAAACCAUCGGAAGAAACCAAAAGAAGGAAAUCCAUGUCUUCACGCGAAGUCACUAAAAAACAACCUCAAUCUUCUUCGGGAGAUAUACCUAAACGUCAGCGUUCCAAAUCCGUGUUAAUUCAAAACGAAGACAUUGCAUUAGAACAAUUGGAAACGACGGUCGACAAAAUUACAGAACUACCUCCACUAUCCUCCAAAACUACAGGUAAUCAGGCUAAAAUACGCCCAAGUUCAAAAGAGAAAUCGCCAGUAAAGGAAAAGGAGUUAAAAGAAAUCGAAAAUGACUCCAAAACUACAAGCCAUCAGUCUACAAUAAGGCCAGGUUCCAAAGAGAAAUCGCCUGUAAAGGCAAAGGAGUUAAGUAAAAUCGAAAAGGACUCCAAAACUACAGGUAAUCAGGCUAAAAUACGCCCAAGUUCCAAAGAGAAAUCUCCAGUAAAGGAAAAGGAGUUAAACAAAAUCGAAAAUGACUCCAAAACUACAAGCCAUCAGUCUACAAUAAGGCCAAGUUCCAAAGAGAAAUCGCCAGUAAAGGAAAAGGAGUUAAGUAAAAUCGAAAAGGACUCUAAAACUACAAGUAAUCAGGCUAAAAUACGCCCAAGUUCCAAAGAGAAAUCGCCAGUAAAGGAAAAUAAGUUAAAUAAAAUCCAAAAGGACUCCAAAACCGCAGACAACCAGUCAACAAUAAGGCCACGUUCCAAAGAGAAGUCGCCAGUGAAGGAAAAGGAGUUCAACGAAUACCAAAAGGACUCCAAAACCACUAGCCAUCAGUCUAAAAUACGCUCACGUUCCAAAGAGAAGUCGCCAUCAGAGGAGGAGUUAAAUGAAGUUCAAAAGAAAACUACUAAGGCAGGAUCACCUAGUUCUAGCUCAUCGAGUUUGAGUGGGCCACGCAGUUUGGUGGUCAUAGAGGCACCAUGCAUGCCCACUGGGCGCGGUAAGCUACGCGGUGUCUCUGCUCGAAGAGGAACAUCAACCAAGGAUAAGGUUCUUGAACGUCAACGAUCGGUGGAUUGCCAGGCUCAAAUGAAAUCGAAAUGGUAUCAAAAACGUAAAGAUAAAAGAAAGGAUGAUGAAAAAUUAAGAGAAACCCGAAAGGAAGUACUUAAGAAACUAGCCGACGAUAAGAAAUUGGAGGAGGCAACAACUUCUACUGCUCAAAAGCGAAAAUUCAACAAUACCAAAGUGCCCAAACUGAAUCAUACAAAUCGAGGAGCCUUUCUAACCGAAACAAGUGCAUCCACUGAAGCAACCCCGCCUGCAAAAAAACCCAAAUUGUCCGCUAAGGCGCCCUCUUCGCCAUGUCCUCGACGUGACAGUAAUGAAACGUUUUCUCAGCAAUUGCAAGCAGCCAAUGAUGCCUAUGUGCCCACCGCAUCCACAUCCGCUGCCGCAGCCGCAUCUAGAUCCGCUCCUGCAUCUACAUCCACCGUUGCAUCGACAUCUGCUGCGGCAUCCACAUCCGCUGCCGCAGCUGCAUCCAGAUCCGCUCCUGCAUCUACAUCCACUGUUGCAUCUACAUCUGCUGCGGCAUCCACUUCCGCUUCCACAUCUACUGUAGCCAGACGGCCGCCCGAACGUCGUGAUGCUGCCAUUGCCCGAAAUCAAAAAACUUGCAAUCGAGUGACCUUUGCCAGCAUGGAAAGAGAAUUUGAAUUACGUAAACAGCUGGACAAGGAGGCUCGUAGCGAACGGCAUGUGAGAUUCAAUUUGGUUCCACAGAUUAUGUAUAUCGAGUCCCUUGAAACUACCAAUUCAAAAAUUCACAAAGAUGCCCUAAAGCAAUAUUCUAGUGUCUAUGAGGAUAGAAGAAAAUGGUCACUGGAUUUAUAUAACAAGCGAAAAAGAUCCAACGACUAUAUGGGUUUGAUUUUGAAAUGGUGCAAUGAAUGGUUGAAGGUACGAAGUGCAGAUGUAGUAGCCGAGUCGGAUGUCCUAGUUCCCAUACCAAAUGAGUUUAAAACCUAUCGACAAUACAAAGAAACGUUUGUGCCUCUGAUGAAACUGGAGCUAUUAACGACCAUUGAGAGAGAUUACAAACAGUCUACAGUUAAUUUUGAAGUCUAUUUAAAAAGUUUCACUAAUGAAAAUGAUAGCUUUAUGCUUUUUACCAGAACCAACCACAAGAUGCAAUGGCACAAUCUCUGUACCCUGUCUAAUGAGAAUAAACUGCAAGAAGUAUUUGCCUGCCUUAUUGGAGUAAAAAGAUUAUCGGAAAAUUCCACCGAACUUGUCUUUCGCAUUUUAAAAGGCAAUAUCCAUAUGAAACAAUUAAGCGAAAUAAAAACGUUAACCGCUCGGGCAGUGGUUGACAAUUUGCGUGUGGAAUUGGGAGCUAUUGAGGCAAUCUCUCAAUUGGGAUGUUCACCGCUAUUUCAUCGCAUACUGACACCCAGUGAGCAUGUCCAAAGGGUAACAAAACCAAUGUCAGCCUAUAAGGGAUACCUUUACGGUGUCAGCGAACAUCAGCGUGAUAUAGUUAUGCAGACCAGCCAGCGUGUGAUAGACGAUGGCAAUGCAAGUAUAACCCUUAUACAGGGUCCACCCGGCACUGGCAAAUCGAUGGUUCUAUCCAAUCUAUGCUUGCAAUGUCUUUAUGGUGACACCGCAAAUAAACGCGAUCGCAAAAUACUCAUUUGCGCUCAUUCGAAUACAGCUGUGGAUAAUAUUGCCUCAUAUUUAUUAAAUAUCAGGCAAAAAAUGUCACGAGAAAAGUUUGAUAUUCUUCGAUUUGGUUGGUAUGAAAAAAUGUCAAAAGACACACGAAUACUGUCAAUCGAACAUCAUCUGGAACAGGCUAGACGAAAUAAACUUCAGCGUUUAAAUGUAGAACAAUUGGAACAAUUGAAAUAUCAAUUGAACGAACUGCAAACGGAAAUCAAAGGUAUUAGACAACAAACGAAUUUAAGUGCUCGACUCAGACAGCAAUUGGAGCAGAAAGAGAAACAAUGCCUUCACAUACAGGAUCAAUUGAAUCCACGUUUAACACAACGCGAGGAAUUUGAUAUAUCCCUAACGUGUGUACGUAGAAGCAAUAUCGUUUGUACCACACUGUCAUCAUGCGUGAAAUUGUCUCGAUUCAUUAAUUACUUUGAUAUAUGCAUCAUUGAUGAGGCCACCCAAUGCACGGAACCCUGGACCCUGUUGCCCCUGCGUUUUGCGGUUAAUCAUUUGGUAUUAGUCGGUGAUACCCAACAAUUGCCGGCAACUGUUAUAUCGCAGAAGGCUCAAGAUUUUGGGUUGGCCAACUCGAUGUUUGAUCGCGUCCAGCGUUGUCUCAAUGAUCAAUUGGAUAAGCCAGGUAGCUCUCAUUUGGUCCACACGAAAAUCUUUAAAUUGAGCAUGCAAUAUCGUAUGCAUCCGGAAAUAUGUCGAUGGCCCAAUCGUUAUUUUUACGAGGAUCAGCUGGUCGAUUCUCCAUGCGCGUUACGCCGGACUCAAUCUCCGCUCAUACCGUAUUGUGUCAUCAAUUUAAGCUUUACCCAAGACACAAAUUGCAUUAACAGUCGAAGUGUAAGCAAUAAUGAUGAAGCUCGCUUUGUGGCUAAUCUUUUAAUCGAAAUGGAUAAACACAUGUCGACCAAGAAAUAUGGUUAUGGUCUCAUAUCGCCAUACAGUAGUCAAUGUUAUGCCUUGAGUGAACUGAUACCCGCAGAAAUGAAGAUUAUACCAACAACUGUGGAUUCGUAUCAGGGCACGGAAAAGGAUAUUAUAGUCAUAUCGAAUGCCCGAACACGUGGCUGUGGCUUCCUGACAAACUAUCAACGCCUUAAUGUCGCCCUAACCAGAGCAAAAAGAUGUCUCAUUAUAUGCGGCAACUUUGAUGAUUUGCAGUCGGUGGAUAUGUGGCGUGCCUUAUUGAACGAUGCUCGUGAUCGAGGAGUAUACUUUGAUCUGGAGCGUGAACAUACUGAAGAUUUGCGGACUUCAUUAAUGCCAAAACUACUGAUCAAGCCUAUUGACUUGACCAGCUCAGCUACAUAGAUAAACAAAAUGCAGCUACAUAGAUAAGCAAAAAGCAGCUACAUAGAUAAGCAAAAAGUGCCAUAAAGUAUCAUAGCGAGAUUACAUUUAUCUCCAAGUGCCAAAGAUGGAGUGAGUGUGUGUGAGAGAGAAACAAAUUUGUUAAUCCAUAAUCCUUUUCAUUAUCCCCGAUGGAACUUCCUUUCAGUGUUGCUUCAUGGGGGGAGAAACGCCACCCUACAACAGUUUUAUAGAUUGAGCCACUGACUAGGCUACAGAGAGAGAUAGAGAUAGAGAGAGAGAUAGAAAUAAGAAAUAAAGUCAAUACAAUUACUUGAUUAUUCAA